AUGAACACUGAAACUAAUGAUGCAAUCAUGGCAGAAGCCAAUCCAGCACCACUCCCUCAAGCUAUUGCUCAGGCAGAGGAGCCCUCCCUUCUUGAUAUCUUUCUACUGCUAAAACAAAUCCAAGUCCGUAUGGAAGAGGGAUUCAAGAAGAUCAAUGACAAGCUCGAAAAUCUUGAGGAUACCAUCAAGAACAUGGAGAAUGAUUUCAAGGAGGUGAACAAGCGCAUUGACAAGAAAGCAAAUCCACGACGAAAAAGCCCGAGGAAGCGCAAAGAACCUGAAACUGCAGUUGAGACCCAAGUGUCAAAAAAGGGUAAGGUCCAGAAGAAAAAGAAGGAUGUUGUGCUCCAUGGUCCAAAGGAUAUGGUUCGCGUGUUUGAAGAGGAUCCCCUAAAUGCUGUACCUCCUGAGGCUCCUGCUGAACCGCAAGAACAUGAAAAGGCAACCAAGACAUUCAUCACCAGAAUGACUCCCAGCAUGUUGCUUGGGUUCAUCGAACAUAUGAAAAAGAAAAGACCACAGCAGGUUGAGGCGGUGAAGGAGAUAGGGUUUGGGGCGCUGCUGGAGUUGGACAUCAAGACCGUGCCGCCCCAACUCUUUAUCUUCCUGGCCGACCACUUUGAGCCCAGCUCAAGAAAUCUAUCAUUCCCAAAUGGAGAGCAUUUCAAUAUUGAGGAAGAGGAUAUGCUUGCUAUGCUUGAUUGCCCUGUGGAAAGAAAGAAGUUGAGCUCUUCACACCAUCUGAGUGCCUGGAAGAGGAACACGCUCCCUUUGUGGAGCAAUGGAAGCGUAGCUGCUCGGCCAUUACCACUCUUUAACUUGAUUUCAAACAUGACACAAAACUUUGCUGGUAUUCAAGCUAUUGAAAAGGAGCUUCAAAUCCAUCCAAGCCCUUCAAUGAAUAAACUUCUUCAAAACUUUACAGAUGCUCUAAUCUCCACUACAGCAGAACCACCAGCUGUAGAGACAUCAUCAUGCCACGGCAAUGGUAUUUUGUAUGAAGACGAGCAGUUUCUCAAGUCCAUGGAAGUUUGCAUGCAGAUUGUGGACAUGGUUAUUUCAGAAAACAAAAAAGCAAAUGACGAUGUCGUUGCUUCUUAA